AUGUCUCCAAUCAAGACCGUCUUCCAGUUGAACUUCAAGCCCUCCUUCUUUGAGAGCAUCACCGUCCGCCCAAGCGGCACUCUCAUCGUAACACGCCAAGAUGCCAACGAGAUAUGGGAGAUAGACCCUGUCUCCGGGGCCGGCAAGUGUAUCGUCACCGUCCCAGAUGCCGCCUCAGUGACUGGUAUAGCCCAAGUACUGCCAGACGUGUACGCCUUUGGAGCCGGGACCUAUUGGAACUACAAUACACAGGCUUCAGCUGAGUGA